GCGAAAAAUGGAUCAACAUAUUUUCCAUCGUAGUUGGAUGUACGAUAGAAAAUAUCCGGGGAAAAGGAAACUUAAGGCGGCUUUUGUGGAUGGAGUUCGUGAAUUUGUUGCUUACGCCAUGGCGCAAGAUGCCUUUCAAUUGGAGGGAGGGAUAAGAUGUCUGUGUGUUAAAUGUACGUGUAGGUUGAUUCGGAGCCCAAAAGAUGUUCUAAACCAUUUAAAGGACCUUGGUUUUAUGGAGAAUUAUUAUGUGUGGAUUUAUCACGAUGAACAAGAGCCUACAAAUAAUACCGAGUCUGAUGUUAAUAUGCACGCUUCAAGCAGUGAGGCGCGUAUGGAGUGUGAAAACUUUGGCGUGAUGGAAGAUAUGGUCGGUGAUGCACUUGGGGUGAACCUGUCUUACAACGAGGGUGGUGAAGAGGAAACAAUCCCGAAUGAGAAAGCGUUGAAGUUUUACAAGAUGAUGCAAGAAGUAAACAAGCCGUUGUUUGAAGGGUCGUCUGAUUCUAAGUUAUCAAUGAGUGUGAGGCUUUUAGCUGCCGCGUCAGAUUGGAGUGUAGCCGAAGAAGGCUCAGAGUAUACAGAUAUCAUGAGGGACGCAACUUCCAAACCUAGCUUCUCACAAUCGGUCCAAUAGUUCCAAUCGGUGCUACAAUUGCUCAGUUUCCAACUCACUCAGUCCACAAUCCAUCACCGUUGAUUUUAUUGCCCUAAAAGCCUGUGUGGUCGUUUUUUGUUCUUCUUCUAGAAGUCGUGUUCGCCGUGUUCUCAAUCGCUCAAGAAACCACCGCCGCCGCCGUGUUAUAACUAGUUUUGAACUAAGUUAAGUUUCUCCUGUUUAUUUUAAUAUAUAAUCCUGCCAUAUGGAUAUGUGUGGUGUGUGUGGAAGUAAUAUAGUUUUUCUGUUUUUUAUGAGGUAGAUUAGAAGAAGAUAUGCAUCAUAAUUUGGAUCAGUAUUAUGUCAUCCAUUCAUGAGAUUAUAUCUGCCAUUUGUUGGUUUUGAUUCAGAUUUGUUUUUGAGCAUUAGAGUCUGUUAUUUUCUUGGUGCUUAAAGAAAUGUGCUAGAGUUGAUGUAUGAGCGAUGAGCUAAUUGUUGUGCAUUUUAUGAAGUGUCAAAGGAAAUUUAAGAGAUUGUAAUUACUCUUCAUUGUGAAGAUUGAAGAUUGUAAUUAAUCUUCAUUACGAUGAGCUAAGAGUUUGAAUUAAAUGUAUUUUGAUUUAUCUAAUUUUGAACUAUGUUUAUAGGAACUUGGAUCAACUUGAGGUGUUAUCGAAGAAAUAGAAGAAGCUUAAUCAAAGACUAUAAGAGCCAAGGCGUCUUCACAAUCCAUUGCUGCAACUAGGUUAUCUGAUUCUGUUUUUCAAUUUUAUUUAUUUAUAGAAGUAUUGUAUGAUUCUGUUUUUAGCUAUCAAUAACUUUUGGUGCUGAGUUUGGUGAUGGAGUACCAUUGAAUUAGUUGAUCAUUUUGAUUAUUGAAAUUCAUUCUUUACUCACUAGCUUGAUUUAAUUCUCUUUAUUUCAUUUUGGCUAUGUUUUGAAAAUUAGGACAGAAUUGUAGUAUAAGCUUAUAACACAAUUUUUGGUUGAAGAUUCUGACUUUUCUUUAUCUCUAAGUUGAAUUCCACUAAAUUCUUGAGAUAGAUUGGUUGAUGUUACUGUCAAAUAAAAUUCUUGAGGUAGUGUUUUCGCUGCUCCCUUUUCCACCAUGAUAUAGCCAUGUCGGUGUCCUAGGUUUUUUUAGA